UUGGUUUGGUUAAAUUAAACUUAAACACUCACCACACACAUAAUUUCUAUCUUAUUCAAUUUCCCACAUUCAACAUCCCCACAUACCUCAUUCUAGCUAUGGACUCAUCAUCAUUGUCAUCAAUGGAACUUCCCUCAUUGAAACCAUACAACCUUAAAAACCCAACAACAACCUUAAUUCAAUCAUGGGUUUCUUCCCCUAAACCAAACACUCUCACUCUUGUCUCCUCAAACUCUCCACUCACCAAAAAGUUUCAAUCUUUCUUAUUACAUUGCUCCACAAAACCAGACACAAACACCAACAAUGACACACACAGCAAGAAAAACAAUGAACCCAAUUCACUUUCCAACAAAUCCAACAAGGAAUCACAACCACAAGAAAAAAAUGAAUCUUUUUCAUCUUCAUCAUCUUCUUCACAAUCUUCAAAUUCUACUACUUCUUUAUCUUCAAGAGGGUUGGUUUUUGAUUUGGGUUUUUCAAACUCAUGGGAUAGUGAAGACAUUGGAUCACCAGUAGUGAAAAGGUUUCAAAGUGAUGAAGAAGAGAGAUGGUACAUGUGGUACCAUGGAAGACCAAAAGGUAAACCUUCAAAUGAUUUAAUAGGUUUAGCAAUUUCAAGCAAUGGUGUUCAUUGGGAACGUGGUGGAGGUCCUGCAAAAUCAGGUUCUGAUGUUGGUUUUGUGAUGAAUUGUGGUAAAGAUUGGUGGGGUUUCGAUACUCGCGGAAUUAGGCCUUCUGGAUUGUUAAUCAUGUCUAGUUACAGAGUUAGAGGUUCCAAUGCUGUUUAUUGGCUUUAUUACACCGGAUAUAGUUCCGAAUCUGUAGAGGUUCGUGAUCAUUCUUCGGAGUUUAGUUUUGAUAGCCCAAUUGGUUUGAAUGAUGAGAAUUUCGGUAAAGGUAAGAUUUUGAAGUCAUUACCUGGUUUAGCUAUAAGUCAAGAUGGUAGAAAUUGGGCUAGAAUUGAAGGAGAGCAUCAUAGUGGAGCAUUGAUUGAUGUUGGUAAAGAAAAAGAUUGGGAUUCAUUGUUUAUUUCAUCACCACAAGUUGUUUAUCAUGGAAAUGGUGAUUUAAGGAUGUAUUAUCAUUCAUUUGAUAAAGAAAAAGGGGAAUUUUGUAUUGGAAUUGCUAGGUCAAGAGAUGGAAUUAAGUGGUUGAAAUUAGGGAAAAUAAUGGGUGGAGGUAAAGUUGGUUCUUUUGAUGAAUUUGGAGUGAUGAAUGCUUGUGUUACAAGAAACAAAAGUGGUGGAAACUAUGUGAUGGUUUAUGAAGGUGUAGGUAGUAAUGGAAGGAGGUGUAUUGGUAUAGCAAUUUCACCUGAUGGGUUGAUGGAAUGGGUUAGGGUUCAAGAUGAGGCUAUUUUGAUGCCAUCAAAUGAAGGUUGUUGGGAUGAUAAAGAUGUUGGAUCACCUUGUUUGGUUUAUAUGGAUAAUGAAGAAAAUGAAUGGAGAUUGUAUUAUAGAGGUGUUGGUAAUGGUGGAAGUGUUGGAAUAGGUAUGGCUGUUUCUAAUGGGAAGGAUUUUAGGAGUUUUAGAAGAUGGACUGGUUUUCAUGUAUAAGCUAGGUGUAUGCCGGAUUUCGAUUAAACACAUUAAAUGUGUGACAUGUUGAUUAAUUUUGGUCGUCUGAUCUCAAAUCAAGUGUGCAGGAAAACCAGAUUCGUGUAUGUCAUGUUUUGUUAUCGAAUAUUUACAUUUUUUCUAACAAUACAGUGUCUACACAUUCUUUAUGAAAUGAUUUAUUAUUUUGUUUGUGCUAAGUUUGGAUUAUGUAGUUUUGUAUUCAGUUGUGUUGUCAAUUAUAAACUUUUUUGUACAUAAAGUUUGAAGUUUGAACAUUGCCUAA